GGGCCAGUGUGGUGGAUGCUGUUGGCCACAUGUCGUACCUGCUGCCUCCUGACAAACUGGAGGAACAACUGCCCAAACUAAUCCCCGGCAUCCUGUCUCUCUACAAGAAACAUUCUGAGCACUUCCACAUUACGCAGAGCCUGUGCCAUGUGCUGGAUGCUGCAGUGGAUAUGGGCAGCCGAGUGCUGGAGACACAAAUCGACAAUCUGCUCAGCAUAUUACACCCCCAGGUGUGUACUCCCCUGGACUACAGCAACCAUACGGCAGUCAGGAAUCACAAUGAAGCUCUCCGCUGUUUCACCGUGCUGGCUCGUGCCUACACUGACCGGUUGAUGGCCUUCCUCCUGCAGAAGUUAGAGGUUCACAACGAACGGACCCGCAUCGGGACCCUGACUGUCAUCAAACACCUCAUCAAUUCCGCCUCCCAGCAACUGGAGAGUAAGAAGUCUCUGAUAUUGGCUGGAAUGAAGUUCACAAUCCAGGAUAACAACAACAAGGUAACGUGGGGACUUAACCCUUGAAGUGUUGUGUGACCUUGGUCCGUGAAGCUACAAAGAGGAAAG